CGCACCUUGGGAAAAUCCGUUGCCGUCGGCAGCAUCCUUCCACCAUUGUCCGAUUUGCCACCAUGACAGGAAUCAUCGAGCGCUACGUCGUCAACAACCACCGUGCGCUGCACAUUGGCCUCCGCGGCCUCUUGACCUUGGUGAUGUUCAUCGCCUUCGUCACGGCCACUGCUUUGACGGGUCUCAGUUCCGGGGACUAUGCGCUCGUGCUUAGCUACACCCUCAUCAUCUACGGCUUCAUCUGGACGUACUCGGCCGUGAAGAGAGGCUCGAAUGUGCAGAUCCUGGCGCAUGGGAAUCAAGUGACGUUCGACUUUGUGAUUUUGAUCGCUCUGAUCGUGGCGGCGGUUGUGCUGUCGGGAAGUAUGUGGGGUCGCCUGUGCAACAUCGCCGUCAACUGCAGCGCAUUCCAAGCAUGUAUCACGGUCUUGUACAUUGGUGUGGCUGUGCAGGUCCUCAUGCUGCUCGUUUUGUGCUUUGGUCGAUCGGCUGAAGGAUCGCAAUCGCCGGAUUCAGCCACCAUUGAGACACCCCGCACAGAAUACCAGCACGCAGCCGACGCGACGUGAGAGUCGCCAAUUGUAUUGCAUUUAACGCCCAAUUGCAUGACCUCGGUUGUGUCAGCGUUUUCUCACAUCUAAAAAAUCCAAUUCACACAAAAGCAGUUCAAAUCACA